UUAUGGUAAAUCCAAAAACCAACUUCUUGUUCGCUCCCAACUCCAGUAAGAUCCACCUUUUUACAACACGCACACACUGACACACGCUUGGUUAUGGUUAAUGAGAGAGAAAGAGAUUGUGUGUCUAGAAGUGAAACUACAUACAUAGCUCCUACUGUCUAAGCUACCGCACUCAAAUGUAGAAGAAAACCCCACCCCCUUUCACUUUCACUUUCACUUUCCCUUCAAAAUCCAGGUAUUCAUCUUAAUUUAUCUUUUAAUUUUGCUUGUAAUGACUCUCUGCUUGCUUUCUAGGGUUUCCUUACCUUAUUAUUAUUGAUUCUGCUGGAUUUGGGGGAAAUUUGAUCCAAUUGCUCAUCCACCCUAGGCCACUUUGUUAUUCUUAAUAUAUCAACAUGUAUAGACAUUCACCUGUAAGAAACCAGAGGUCCAAAGGAAUCAAGACCAAACAUGUUGUGCAACUUUGUUUAUUAACUGCUGUUUGCUUUUGGCUACUCUUCCAAGUCAAAAGGUCCCAUGACAAGAAGAAAGAGUUUGAUGCCAACAUCUCAUUAAACACACAUGCUACUGAUGAAACCGUCAAAUUUGGAAGAAAAGACCUUCAACCAAAACUAGUGGAAACAACCACAGGGAUCCAGAUGCCUGAGGAUACUCAAGAACAAGAAGACGACGAAGAAGAAAACAAACACGACGAAGAAGAGCAAGAUGAAGAUAAGAUUGAGGAUGGGGGAGGGGGUGGGGAUGAUGAGAUCGAUGAAAAGUCAAACAUGGAGAUUGACCGUGAUGAGGUGGAUAUCAUAGAUGAAGACAAAGAAAUUGAAGAGAGUGAGGGUGAGGAACACGAAGAGAAAGACGCUGAAAGUGAAACGGAAAGCAGGGUUGAAGAUGGAUCCACCCACGAGGCACGUGAAGAACACUACAAAGCGGAUGAUGCUUCUAGUGCAGUUCUUACUCAUGAUCCCGAAAACGAAAUACAGAAUGGAACUUUAGAUGAUAAUUCAAGUGAGAAUGUUGGUUUAGUUGAUCACGGAACUGUAGCUGAAGAAAAAAAUUCUCAAUCCAUGAAUGCCACUUCAUCAGUUGAGAAUCCAAAUACCACAACCGUUUCUAGUGAUUACCGGUUUGAUUCUAAUGCAACAGUGACUAAUACAACACCAAAUUUGACAAAUAACUCAGGGAUGUUGAAGCCGAAUGGUGAAGACGAUGAUUCAGAAAGUGAUAAUUUGGAGACUAAUAAAGAAGAUCCAACAUAUUCAGAGGGCCAGAAUGAUCUAGAAACAAUGCCUGAGAUUGAAACAGAUACUGCUUCAGAAUAAAACAAGAUGCUUUUUUUGGAGUUGUUUAGUUAUUUCCACCUAUUAGAAUUUAGAAGUUGUGGGUUGUACUACUUGUGGAAUGUUGAGUGUCAAUAUUAAUAGCAUUUGGUUUGGUAUGUAAAAUCAAUCUUCCACUCAUGAUGAAUCAAUAUUUCAGGAGUUUGACACA